AUGGGACUGUUCAGCAAAAAGAAGGGCGCCCCUGCCACGGAGAGCCUGGAUGUCCCAACUGGUGACGGCGCUGCCAAAUCUGAAACCACCACAGCGGUUCCGAGUCAAAAUGUGUCAGAUACAGAAUCACUGGAUAAGACCCAGGAGGUAGAAAGAGGUGUGCUGGACGAGAAGGAGGCCAAGGAAGUGAACAAGAGCAUCGCGACCAGUGAGAGCGACAUCACCGUUCCCUCAGAUGGAGCACGAAUGGAUACACCAGAGACAAAAGAAAAUGCUGGAGAACGCGUCCCGAUCCAGAGGACAAAGUCGCAUACGAGCGUGAUCUCUGCCCCCGGCGUCGAAGACGACGAUGCCAUCGUCUAUCCCGGAGGGUUGAAGUUGGCCCUCAUCACCCUCGCCCUCUGCCUGUCGGUAUUCCUGGUCGCAUUGGACAACACUAUCAUUGCAACGGCGAUCCCGAAGAUAACAGACCAUUUCAAGUCGUUGGGGGACGUGGGCUGGUAUGGCUCGGCGUAUUUGCUUACGACCUGCGCUCUGCAAUUGUUCUUUGGAAAGCUGUACACCUUCUACCCGAUCAAGACGGUCUACCUGGUUUCUAUUGUCAUUUUUGAAGUUGGCUCGGCAGUUUGUGGUGGUGCGCCAACAUCCGAAGCGCUGAUCGUUGGAAGAGCGAUAGCGGGCAUUGGCUCAGCAGGUAUCUUCUCCGGUGCCUUGAUUAUCAUCGCGUAUACCGUGCCCCUGAUCAAGCGACCCAUUUACACUGGCAUCAUUGGCGCCAUGUAUGGGAUUGCUUCCAUAGCAGGCCCACUCCUCGGUGGCGCCUUUACCGACGGUCCGGGAUGGCGUUGGUGCUUCUACAUCAACCUCCCACUGGGCGCUGUGACACUGGUGGUUAUCGUCUUCUUCUUCCAGUCGCCUCCGCGUAAAGCUGAAGCAAAAGUACCCAUUCGUGAACGCGUCCAUCAACUCGACCUUGGCGGCACCGCCCUUUUCAUUGUGGAUAUCAUUGUGUGCUUGCUGGCCUUGCAAUGGGGCGGCUCAACUUACGCGUGGUCGAACUGGCGGAUCAUUCUGUGCCUCACGCUCUUCGGAAUCCUCACUGUUGUUUUCGUCAUCUGGCAGUACUUUAUGAAGGAAUUCGGCACCAUUCCGUUUAACAUCAUCUCGCAGCGCAGCGUCGCGGCUGCCUCGUGGUUUGCGUUCACACUGGGUGGUGCCUUCUUCGUCCUCAUUUACUGGGUGCCAAUCUGGUUCCAAGCGAUCAAAGGUGCUUCAGCCUUCAAGUCCGGGAUCAUGUGUCUGCCCAUGGUGUUGGCGCUCGUGGUUGCAAAUAUCCUGACAGGCGUCGGGACAACAGCUGUCGGGUACUACACUCCCUUCUACUACGGCAGCGUGCUCCUCUCCGCCAUCGGCGCCGGCCUGCUCACCACCUUCGAAACCAACACUGGACACGAGAAAUGGAUCGGCUACCAAGUCAUUUACGGCUUCGGCGUUGGACUCGGCAUGCAACAAGCCUUGAUCACUGUUCAAGCCGUUCUUCCGUUGAAGGACGUACCAACGGGCACAGCGCUCGUGAUGUUCAUGCAAACAUUCGGCGGCGCCCUAUUCGUGUCGGUCGCACAGAACAUCUUCAACAACCGUCUGAUAACCGAGAUCCCCAAGCAAGCACCCGGCAUCAACCCGCAGAUCAUCUUGCACGUUGGAGCGACGUCCUUGAAGGACCAGGUUCCCGCGCGAUUGUUGGCCGGUGUGCAGACGGCGUACAAUACUGCGCUCACGGAGACGUGGUACAUCUCCGUUGCGAUGGCUUGUCUGUCCGUUCUCGGCGCGGUUUUCGUCGAGUGGAAGAGUGUCAAGGGGAUGAAACCCGGGGCUGUAGCUGCAUAG